UUACCCUCACCUAUCUGAGGUCGAAGAAAAUGAAGUCGUGGAGUCAAAAUCUGAAGAAGAAUUACCAGAAGUAGACGAGGAAGAUAAAAAUCAGGCAGAAUUAAGCAAACCAAAAAGAAAGGCACGUAAGGCACACAUUAAGGGACAGCCACCAACUCGGUGGAGUAGUCGUAACAAGCACAAAGCACAGGUGAUUCAGAAAGAAGAGAGUUUACAGACCCAAAAAUCUGCAGAAAUUAAAGAAACAAAAUUGAUGGAAGAGAAAGAUUCAGCAACGGAAGAGGAGGACGAAAGCGAUAGCUCUAUAGAUAGUGAAGAAGAGGUAAAAGAAGAUAACGAGAAUCUCACGGCAGAAGAGAAGGAGGACGGCAAUCCAGUCCAUCAAAUAGGGAAAGAAAAGAGCUUAAAAGAAAGAGAAAUAAAAACAGAAAGAAACAAGCCGAUAGCUCCUAGCUAUCCAAAACAGUUAGAUCAAUCCAUCAAGACAGGGAAGAAGCUACUGGGAGAGAAAAUACCCAGAAUGAAUUAUCAAAGCCACUAUGAUCACAUGUACCGUUGCAUGAAAGCGGGAGGAGCUUCAAAGGAAGAAGCGCACGCAGGCGCCAAAGCCGCAGCAAAACAGAUAGUGAAAUCAAUGAACGAAAUUAAGGAAGAGCAAAAAGAAAAAACAAGCGAGAAAUCUUGCCCAAUAGAUACAAGUCAAAGCUAUUAUUUAAGCCAAAAGCUAUUAUUAAAUCAACAACAAAAGACGGUCUCCCUCUUGGCUCAAGUACCAGCCUUUAAUGGAUUAGCUUCGACGAAAUUUGAGGACUGGAUCAAACAUUUUGAUGCAGUAAUGAAUACUUCAGAGUUUGGAGAGGGAAGGAAAAUAAAGUUGCUCUGCUCUAAACUUUUUGGUUCAGGAGAUAGUAGAAAAAUUUACUUGACCGAAUACAGCAAUUGCAUACGAAACCCUGGAGAAUCAAUUAGGGAUUACGCGUGUCGCAUACAAAAACUUUUUUCAUUUGCUUACCCAACAAGGGAGGGGAAAUUGGUAGACCUUAAAAUGAGAAAACAGCUGAUAAUGGACAAAUUCUUGGGGGGACUUAAAAACAAUCUUCGAGAACGAAUGAGCUUUAAAGAAUUUAAGAAUCUAGAUAGUUUGAUAAAAGCAAUGGAGAAUUGUGCGGCCGUCUUAAAUGAAGCUAAAUUAGGAAGACGAAACGUAGAAUUCAUUAAUGCUGUCGCAUCAAAUUCGAAUGCAUCUCCUUCAAGCGAAAUUAAAGGAAAAUUAGCAGAAUUAGAAGUAACGCUAAAAAAUAAUCAGCAAUUAAUGAGUGAGUUAAUGCUGCAAAACCAGGAAACGGCUAAAUUAUUGAAUAAAGUCGUACAAGCACAGACCCAAACAAAUUUCCGUUCCCAAACCGGUUUUCAUCCCCAGCCCGCUUUUCAAGCCCAAGCUGGUUUCCCUACUCGAUCCAUGCCGCAAUCCCAACUAACACAGAACUGCAAUAUUCAAUUUGAACAAAACCCUUAA